AUGUUUAUGAGAUCUAACCACACAGUCACUAAAUUUGUCCUCCUGGGACUUGCUGAGAGCCCAGAGGUUCAGCCCCUGCUCUUUUGGGUGUUCCUACUCAUUUAUGUGCUCACCCUCUUGGGGAACAUUGGCAUGAUGACCCUGGUUAGGACUGACCCGCGCUUGCACACCCCCAUGUACUUCUUCCUCCACCACUUGUCCUUUGCUGACGCUUGUUACUCCACCGUCAUCAUGCCCAACAUGCUGGUGUCCUUCAUCUCGGGGAACAAAGACAUUUCAUUCCCCCGUUGCGUGGCUCAACUUUACAGCUUCGUUUUCUUUGGGAUUGUGGAAUGCUACCUCCUGGCCGUGAUGGCGUACGACCGCUACGCUGCUGUCUGCAGCCCCCUGCGCUACAUGGUCAUCUUGCCCAAGACCGUCUGCAUCUGGUUGGUCUCAACCUCCUACCUCCUGGGCUUUCUUUACGCAGCGAUAUACACUGGCUGCGCAUUCGGGGGGUCCUUCUGCAGUUCCAACGUCAUCGACCACUUCUUCUGUGACAUCGGUCCCUUGCUGAAGCUCUCCUGCUCUGACAGCUUCCUCAGGGAGAAGGUCAUCUUUGCCUUUGUUAGCCUAAACGGGAUUAGCACCAGUGGCAUCAUCUUCAUCUCCUACCUGUACAUCCUCUCCGCUGUCCUGAGGAUGCACUCGGUGCACAGCAGGUCCAAAGCCUUCAACACAUGCGUCUCCCACCUGAUGGUGGUCUCCUUGUUCUAUGGGACAGGGUUCUUCAUGUACCUGCAGCCCAGCACCAACCACAAUGGCCCAGACAAGGUGGCCGCCGUGUUUUACACGCUGGUGACCCCCCUGCUGAACCCCUUCAUCUACAGCCUGAGGAACAGAGAGGUGAAAGAGGCUUUUAUGAAGCAUAUGAAGAGAUGUCUCUCAUCUUCAUUGAACCAGGGAGGGAGGGUCUGA